AUGUUAGCUAUCAGUAUAAAUCGUUAUUUCGCUAUUCAUAUUCCUCUCAGAGCUAAACUUAUAUUCUCGCGCCAGAACGUCGCCAUUAUUAUCGUGCUAAUCUGGAUUGCAUCAUUUGGCGCCAUUUCGCCAUUGCUUUAUCAGAGACGUAAAACUGUUCGUACUUUAAUAUCUUUAGUCAUAAUAUUUGGCGUGUGUUGGCUGCCAUAUUAUGUCGUUAAUAUUUGCUGA